AUGGCACUAAAGAUGCUAAUGGGAGCCAGUUCCUCUGUGAAGGCAAUUUUACAAACUGCAAUUUUUGGCCAUUCUUGGGAAAUAUUACUUGGACCUCAGGCCCCUCUUAGGAACUUCUGUUUGUAUCACAUAGAUCCUCCAGCAGCUUUGUAUGGUGGACGACACACGGUGACCAUGAUUCCUGGAGAUGGCGCUGGGCCUGAACUUAUGAUGCACGUCAAGUCUGUGUUUAAAUAUGCGAGUGUGCCUGUGGACUUUGAGGAAGUGCUGGUGAACUCCACAUCUAGUGAAGAGGAAGUUCACAACGCUAUCAUGGCUAUCCGUCGAAACCGUGUGGCUUUGAAGGGCAACAUCGAAACCGAUCACAACCUGCCACCUUCUUACAAAUCCCGCAACAGUAUGCUUCGCACCACCCUAGAUCUCUAUGCCAAUGUCAUUCAUUUCAAGAAUCUGCCAAACGUGCAGACCCGGCACAAGAACAUAGACAUCUUAGUUGUUCGGGAAAAUACAGAGGGCGAGUAUAGCAACCUGGAGCAUGAGAGUACGAAAGGAGUGAUAGAGAGUCUGAAGAUCAUUACCAAGGCCAGGUCUAUGCGCAUUGCUGAAUAUGCCUUCCAGCUGGCCCAGAAUAUGGGGCGUAAAAAAGUGACAGCUGUGCACAAGGCCAACAUCAUGAAACUGGGAGAUGGACUCUUCCUCCAGUGCUGUUGUGAGGUGUCAUCCCGCUAUCCUCAGCUCGUCUUAGAAGGUGUGAUUGUGGACAAUGCUACAAUGCAGCUGGUAUCUCAACCCCAACAGUUUGAUGUCAUGGUGAUGCCCAAUCUUUAUGGCAACGUUAUUAACAAUAUCUGCACAGGGUUGGUUGGGGGACCUGGCCUGGUACCUGGAGCCAACUAUGGUCGCUUAUAUGCAAUAUUUGAGACAGCUUCAAGGCAUACGGCCAAGAAUUUAGCUCACAAGAAUAUCGCCAACCCUACGGCCAUGCUGCUGGCAAGUUGCAUUAUGCUGGAUUACCUCAAACUCCAUUCCCAUGCCACCCGCAUUCAUACUGCAGUCUUAGAAUCCAUAAGCAAUAAAAAUAUCCAGACCCCAGCCCACCCCACCCUAAUCCCUAAACCUUAA